AGGUCCAAGAAGCAAGAGCAGCAGCCAAAAAGACAAGCGAACGGGCUCCGAAGAUACUUCCACUGAGAGGUCUGCCAUGGCCUCCCUUGGUGUCCAACUGGUGGGCUAUAUCCUAGGCCUUUUGGGGCUAUUAGGCACAUCGAUUGCCAUGCUGCUUCCCAACUGGCGGACAAGUUCUUAUGUCGGUGCCAGCAUUGUGACGGCGGUCGGCUUUUCCAAGGGCCUCUGGAUGGAGUGUGCCACACACAGCACAGGCAUCACCCAGUGUGAUAUCUACAGUACCCUUUUAGGACUUCCGGCUGACAUCCAGGCUGCCCAGGCCAUGAUGGUGACAUCCAGUGCAAUGUCCUCACUGGCUUGCAUUAUCUCUGUGGUGGGCAUGAGAUGCACAGUGUUCUGCCGGGAAUCUCGAGCUAAGGACAGAGUGGCUGUGGUGGGUGGAGUCUUCUUCAUCCUUGGCGGAAUCCUGGGUUUUAUCCCAGUUGCCUGGAAUCUUCACGGCAUCCUUCGGGACUUCUACUCACCACUGGUUCCUGACAGCAUGAAAUUUGAGAUUGGAGAGGCCCUUUACUUGGGCAUUAUUUCAGCUCUGUUCUCUUUGGUAGCUGGAGUCAUCCUCUGCUUUUCCUGCUCACCUCAGGGAAACCGUACCAACUACUAUGAUGGCUACCAGGCACAGCCUCUUGCCACUAGGAGCUCUCCAAGGCCUGGUCAACAGCCCAAAGCCAAGAGUGAGUUCAAUUCCUACAGCCUGACUGGGGUUGGAGACAGCAUCCAAGUCCAUUUAGAGGGAAAGGCAGGGGAGGAGAAGGGCCCACUGCAUAGUAAGAAGUCAUCUCUUAUCUGGUACCAGAAUCCCCAGUGCUUGACUGGGGACAAUUGGAGGCUGAAAGAUGGGCUUGCUUUGACAACAACGUCUUGGUGACUCCUCAGUAUGACUCCGAUUACUCACCAUCUGUCUAAGGCACUUUCGUCCUGUAAACAAACACCUUGGUGAAGCUGGCUUUUCACAGGAGAUGAAAUGGAGCACCAAGGAGGUGAGUAAAACAUCUAAGAUUGCAGAGUGUCAAAAUCUGGCUUACAAGCUGGGAAACUACAGUAACACAGGUCAGGGAUUGUAAACCUCAGAAAGUAUGUGAUGGCCCAUGGCUCUUCCAAUUUUCGGACUCCCCUCU